UAAUCGGGGCGCCUCUGCUGCCAUUCCAAAAUUUGUGCAUUAGGGUACAGCUAGUGGCGGGCUCAAACGUCUCGUUUUUUUCCAGAUAUGCGGUAUCAUUUUUCUCGAAACACCGAAGUGACGAAAGUUUUAUUAGUUUCCGUUCUUUUUUUUUUGGCAUUGAGCGCGCAUGCGCGGGGAUUCCACAACGUGCAGUCGACAAUACACGCCAGUUACAGGACAUCGAGACAUCAGCCAUGGCUGAAGAAAGCAGCAACGAAUGCAUGCCUCUUGACUUAAGCAUGAAGGCCAAAGCAACACCAAGUACUGCCCAUGACGGUACCCAGGGCGCUUCAUCUACAUUGGGCGCCUACAGAACGAUUUCUGACGACGCCUUGCGCUAUCCGAGGAACACGCAGCACACGCCCACGACCAAAGAGAUUUGCAACGUCGACGGUGUCACUGACAAUGGCGGCACACGUUACCAGCAACUGGACUCCAUCAGGAGCAUCAAUAACGUGAGGCCCAGCACAGGUCACGCUGGCAUAGAGGAAGAAUCAGCCAAGUCUGAAGACGGCGCCACGAAUGCCGCUGAAACCGUAGGAAGAGGACAGCAAAGGUCCUGCGGUGCCAGUAGAAAGGUUUCCAGCAGACGGGAUGCCUCACACGGGCAACCCAACGAACGUGCGGGAGGCAGAGCGCCCAUGUUCAGAACAGGCGAUCGAUCGCCUGUCGACAAGUCGAACUACAAAUGCGAAACCUGUGGUAAAUUGCUAAGUAGCGCUGCUACUCUAACCGUACAUCACCGGACGCAUACAGGAGAAAGACCCUACAAAUGCGAAAUAUGUCAUAAAUCGUUCGCGCGCAGUGACAGUUUCCAUAGGCAUCAACUAAUUCACACGGGAUUGAAACCCCAUAUCUGCCAAAAUUGUACUAGACCAUUCAAAAGGAAAGCGGACCUUAAAGCUCAUCUUAUGUCGCACAGUGACGACAGACCUUUUAUUUGCGACAUAUGUAAUCAGUCAUUUAAGUAUAACUUCUCUUUGAGCAGACACCGCAAAAGAAUUCACCAGGGUAAAUACAAGCUCUCCCACAGCUUGGCGAAGCUGCGAACAUCAACAGAAAACCAGCGAGCCGAGAAGUUUGUCACUUAUAUUCCACAACUUAACACACCCCUCCAGCCAGUGCCUGUAGAAGUUUUUUUAAAUGACAGAUUCAUUACAAUUCUUUCUAUUUACCGUCAAUCUAAUUGCGGGGGCAAGACGGCUGAAGAAGUGGCCAUCACCCUGGCCACUCUACAUCCCACCUGUCACACCAUCAUGUGUGACCCUCGCUCAGCCGUCACAAACUUCUGCAAAGAUCGUACUUCCCCCAAAGGUCUUCGCAUCCCGUGGCAGGCCCUGUCCACCAACACCUCCCCAAUCUCCCCCAGGUCACCCACUCCAUUGCGCGAGGCCUAG